AUGAAUAUAUUGCCUACUCAUGUGCCUCUUCUCUUGAAGCAUGAAAGUGCUGAUGUGGCAAGGCAAAUGAGAUCUCCUAUGUUUGUGUUGUUAACCAAAUGUAGAGAGCUUUUGGAAAGCCAAUGGAAUUGCAACAUUCUUCAUAUGGGUCAUCAUAAGGAUUUGGAUUAUCAUGAGCUUUUUUCUCCACCUGAGCAGCUGAAGGCUAUUUUUGACGAUGAUAAGAAAGAAUGUCCUCUUGAUGCAUAG